UACGGAAGUGACGUCAGGGCCGGGUGGAUCUUUCUAGAGAAAUCCAAGCGGAGGAAUAAUGGACGCUUCGCAAGAGGGAGAUUCGCGCUAUCUUAAAAGGAAAGUGAAGGGAUGUACCCUCGACGUCCACCCCACGGAGAAAGCCAUCGUGGUCCAGUAUGAAGUAGAGGCGACGAUACUCGGAGAGCAGGGCGACGCCAUGGUCGGAGGUCGUAAAGAGUGUCAGAAAAUCAUUCGCCUGCGAAGCCUGAAUCCGAACACCGAUACCUCGGCGUUGGCUCGGAAGGUGGUGGAAGAAUGUCAUUUGAUUCACCCGUCGAAGCUGAACGAGGUCGAGCAACUGUUGUUCUACCUUCAGACCCGCAGAGCGUCAAGUGACGAGCGGGAGAAAAAACAGAGCUCCCCCGGAGACUUCGCCCCUUGCGCCGGCGUCGAGCUCAACGAGGAGGUGAACAUCAACAACAUCGACGAGUAUUUGGAGCUGCUGUACGAGGACAUGCAGGAAAAGAUCAGGGGGGCCACGCUGAUCUUCCAGCUGGCCCGCAACCCGGACAACUUGGAGGAACUCAAGCAGAACGAGAUGGCUUUGGCCGCGCUGGCUCGGGUCCUGAGGGAGGACUGGAAGCAAAGCGUGGACCUGGCAACCACCAUCAUUUGCAUUUUCUUCUGCUUCUCGAGUUUUUCCCAGUUUCACGGACUGGUCACGCAUUUCAAGAUCGGGGCCCUGUGUAUGAGCAUCAUUGAACACGAGCUCAAGAGGUACGACCUGUGGCAGGACGAGCUCCAAAGGAAGAGGAAGGCCUACGAGGAAUUCUCGGAGAACCCCAGUCUGAGGAAGGAGCACGAGAAGUCCCUGAAAAAGUACCAAAGCCUUCUGGCCAAGCAGGAGCAGCUUCUCCGAGUUUCCCUGUGUCUGUUGCUGAACCUCGCCGAGGACACGCACACGGAACUCAAGAUGAGGAACAAGAACAUAGUGAGCAUGCUGGUGAAGAUCCUGGACAGGAAGGACGAAGAGCUGCUUCUGGUCGCGGUCUCCUUCCUCAAGAAGCUUUCCAUCUUCUUGGAAAACAAGAACGACAUGGCCGAAGCGCUCGCCGUGGAGAAGCUGGCCCCGCUGCUUCCGUGUGAGCACGAAGACCUGCUGAGCACCACCUUGCGCCUGCUGCUCAACCUCUCCUUCGACAGCGCCCUGCGCGGCCAAAUGGUCCGGGCCGGACUCGUCGGCAAACUCUCCUCGCUGCUGGCCGACGAGGCCCAGCGGCAGCUCGCCAUGUGCGUCCUCUACCACAUCAGCAUGGAGGACCGCUUCAAGUCGGCGUUUGCCACCACGGACUGCAUCCCGCAGCUCAUGAAGAUGAUUUACGACGUUGGAGAUCAGAAGAUGGACUUUGAACUGGUGUCGCUGUGCAUCAACCUGGCGGCCAAUAAGCUCAACGCCCAAGUCAUGUGCGAGGGCAACGGUCUGAAGAUGCUGAUGAAGCGCUCGGUGAAACUGAAAGACGUUCUGCUGAUGAAGAUGAUCAGGAACAUUUCCCAGCACGCCGGCCCCACCAAGAGCUUGUUCCUGGACCACGUGGGGGACCUGGCGGCUCAGAUCGACGCGGAAAAAGCCGAAGAAUACGUCAUCGAGUGCCUGGGGACGCUGGCCAAUCUGACCAUUCCCGACCUGGACUGGGCGCUGGUUCUCAAAGAGUACCGCUUGGUGCCCUACCUGAAAGAGCGCCUCAAACCGGGUGCCGCCGAGGACGAUUUGAUUCUGGAGGUGGUCAUCUUGAUCGGCACCGUCUCCAUGGACGACUCGUGCGCGGCCAUGCUGGCCAAGUCGGGCAUCAUUCCCGCCCUCAUCGAGCUGCUCAACGCCCAGCAGGAGGACGACGAGUUUGUCUGCCAAAUCGUCUACGUUUUCUACCAGAUGGUCUUCCACAAAGCCACCCGAGACGUCAUCAUCAAAGACACGCAGGCCCCCACCUACCUGAUCGACCUGAUGCACGACAGCAACGCGGAGAUCCGCAAAGUCUGCGACAACACGCUGGACAUCAUCGCCGAGUACGACGACGAGUGGGGCAAGCGGAUCCAGAACGAAAAGUUCCGCUGGUACAAUUGCCAGUGGCUGGAGAUGGUGGAGAACCGGCAGCUGGACGAGACCGGGGAGUCCUUACUCUACGGGGACGACGGAGACCCCUUCAUGGAGAACGGGGACAUUCUGGAGAGACCCGAUUUCUUGUACAGCGCCGACGGCAUCCUCUCGACGGACGGCGCCGUCAGCCCCGAGUUCUACGCCAACUUCAAGAACGGAGAGCUGGGCCCCUCCUACCCGGGAAGCCUUUGCGACGACUUUGCCGCGUCGGCUCCCGCGGACCGCCCGGUCAGCGCUUACGGCUUUCGGCCGGACGAACAGCUUUUCAACUACGCCGCCUCCUCCCAGUUGACGUGGAACCUGGCCGGCGUCAAUAGCGAGCCGGCGAUUUAGGGCAGCGCUCCGCCCAGAAAUAUUCAAAUCCCCUCAGCGGUCUCCGAGCCGCCCGGACCGUCUUCAAACGUUUCGCGCGGUCGAUGUUUGCAACGCGGUGAAGUGUCGAGGAAAUUGAAGCGCCGCCCAGCUACGCGAAACGCCCGGCGAUUUGGCCGACGUCUCCGGUAGAUGCGCGCGCUCUCCUUCCUCGUGUGAAACGGGCGGCCGUGCGGCUUCGUCGCCAUUGGAAUAGUUGCACUUUGGUGUCAAACCCGAGUCUCGGUUUGUCGUUGACGAAAAUAUGGCGCUGGGCUUUGUGUACGUGGUCGUCCAUCAUGAGCUUGUAUUUAUUCUCUCACCUGUCCGUUAGCAUGCCGGAUGCCUUUCGUCGUGACUCCAUAGCGAGCCCAUUAAAGAAAAGAAUCAUCCAA